GAAUCGCGUGGACACUACUCAGCAGGACUGGAUACGUCUGGCAUCACCGGAGGAGAACAUAGAGAAAGAAAGAGAGCGAGCUGGACACAAGCUGCUGACUGAACUGAGGCCGACACCGGGGCAGAGCGCGGAGGAGAGAGCAGACAAGACAGAGCACACAAGACCCGACUGAUAGCGCCCCAAUGGCGAGCAAUAACACGGCCAGUAUCGCACAAGCCAGGAAGCUGGUGGAGCAGCUGAAGAUGGAGGCCAACAUCGACAGGAUAAAGGUUUCAAAAGCAGCGGCGGACCUGAUGUCGUACUGCGAAGCCCACGCCAAAGAAGACCCUCUGCUAUCGCCGGUGCCGGCGUCAGAGAACCCGUUCAGGGAGAAGAAGUUCUUCUGUGCCAUCCUGUAAACCGGGCCCGGCCCCUCAGCCGCCUGCUCAGCGUGGGACUUUGAACAAGACGUUCAAAAUACGUAGAAAUCUUCUAGUAGGAGG